UAGUCAAGCUUUUACAUCUACUGAAAAUCUUUUGUCUGAAUGAUUGUUGUCUUGACGUAUGGCUUGUCCUGUAUCUAUAACAAAUGUAUGCUGAAGUAGAUCUAAUCAGCAACAGAUGUCUUCAAUGAUGUGGCUAAAGCUACAGCUGAAACUAUUAAUACAAUGAUUUAUCUGGAGCAUGUUUUAGGGCCUGUGAAGAAAUGCUCCCAUCUCAUUGUAAACAACAAAAUCUUUCGAUCGUUCCUCAUUUUCUUGUGUUUUUUUCUCUACUGUGAGGUCUUUCACUAUGCUGUUGUGAUGAUCCAAUGUACGUGGCCUUCUGUCCCUUACAUCCAGUCAUCAGACGCAGGAUAUGGCACGAACAUCAAGGUCAUGUUUAUAGCAGAUACUCAUCUUUUAGGAUUUCGGCAAGGCCAUUGGUUUGAUAAACUCCGAAGAGAGUGGCAGAUGAAGCAAGCCUUCCAGACAACAAUGUUAAUACACAAACCAGAUGUGGUCUUUGUUUUAGGUGAUCUGUUGGAUGAAGGUAAAUGGUGCGAUGAUGAAGAGUUCCUGUAUCAUGUGGCCAGGUUUAAAUCAAUGUUUGCUGUUCCUAAAGGCACACAACUCCAUGUCCUCUCAGGAAACCAUGACGAAGGCUUUCACUACAUGAUGACCGAACACAAGCACGAAAGAUUUGUUGAAGAAUUUAACUCCCCUUCUGUCCGAAUACUCAACAUCAAAAAUAAUUUAUUUGUUUUGGUCAACUCCAUGGCCAUGGAGGGCGAUGAGUGCAGCAUCUGUCUGCAGGCGGAGAAACAGCUGCAGGAGAUAGCCAAGAAUUUGUCUGUCCUGCCCGACUGUCUUACGACAACAGAUAACAGAUGUAAAACGCAGCCAAUUUUAUUGCAGCACUUCCCCAUGUACAGAGCUUCAGAUUCUGAGUGCAAUACAGAAGACUCAGCUCCACCUCAGGAGAAAACCAUUCCAUUUCGUCCGCGACUGGACUGUCUUGAUCUCAGGUCUACCCACCUUUUGUUUUCAUUGAUUCAGCCGAGGCUAGUCAUCAGUGCACAUACACACCACGGCUGUUAUCGUGUCCAUGACAAUAAGGUUCCAGAGUGGAGCGUCUCCUCCUUUAGCUGGAGGAACAGGGACAACCCAACUCUCUUACUGGCUCGCAUCAACCACCAGAACUUCAGCCUCGCUCAGUGUUUUCUUCCCAGGGAGAACACAGUGAUAAAUAUAUACAUCCUCGCCGUCGUAGUCAUUGUUGUCAACUUACUUUGGCCAUCUAUUUCUUACAAAUAUAGGCAGAAAAUGUGUUGAGAUUUUAAUCUUACUGCUGUAAUUGUGAAAGAUAGUUACAAAUUAUUGUUUGAGGGUAUAAUAGUUGUUGAUACAAAAAGCAUGUAACCAAGUAUUAUGUUUUCAUACAAACUUUUUUUUUUAAUUAUAAAGCAAUGAGUUUUUCUACAUUAUUCUAGCUCAUAAUGGUAUCGCAGCAAAUAUUGACUUAUAUUACUUUAGCAAACUUCUGAUGAAAACUUUACAUAUCAGUUUACAGCUGUAAGCAAUGCCAAUUUCAUGCAGAUGUGUCUUUAUUUACUAGUAAUUAGAAGGAAGUGGUAGAGAGAGUACUUAAGUUGCAUUUUGUUAUUAAAUCAGCAGUUUUUGCAUAUUAUUUGGUUGUUUUUAUUGUAUCUUUCUUGUAAAUUUGGUUAAUGGAAACAUUCACAUGUUGAUAAUUGAGUUGAUUUUAUGAAACAAAUUAAAAGCAUUUCCAA